AGCUACGUAACAAGACGCAGCGGGAAUUUUAAUGCGAAGGUUUUGCAGAUUCAGCGCAAUCACUCAGAGUCAUGGCCAUAAUGCAGUUAGAAGUCUAAUGAUUUGAGGAAAACAUAAAGAAUCUAACGCUAUUGUGCUGAGGGGUGAGGGCUAUAAUGGAUGUCUCCACUGCAUUCUACCUCCUUUUGCUGUUCGAUUUGGUAUACAGCCAAGAAAUUACUUUUGGCCGCCCAGUCCAAAUAGCAAGAAUGCCACCCGAUGACUUGUACUACUUCAGCUACGACACAUCUUCUUCAAAAGCAAAACUCAAACAUGACUCAAACGUGGAAUCCUGGAUAAUCCACUCUCCAGGUCUCAAUAACAGAGAUGGGACGAUAUCUAUUGAAUCAUGGGAGAAACGUGGCUUCUUUUUACGUCGCCGCAGUGACACCGACGAUGCAAAAGUAUACUUGGAGAGCAUUACAAAUGGACCAAAUUUUGAAACAUUUUAUGAAGAUGCUACCUUUACACUGGUGCCAAAUCCAGGUGGAUAUAAAAGCAUUUAUAUAAGCUUUGAGGACUCAAUGGGAAGACUCAUGAGACAUGGAGUAGGUAGUGGGAGACUUUUGAAGUUUAAUCCCAGCAGUAAAGCUGACUUUGACAUGAGAGCCAGUUACCAAAUAUUGAAUGCAACAGUGUCUCACUCAUGUCAGAAUGGAUGGAUAUCAUAUUCUUCACAUUGCUACAAAGUUAUAGGUGGGGCUACAUAUAGCCAAUCAGAAGCAGAGAAUGAAUGUCAGAACUUCAAUGGACACCUAGUUUCUAUAGCAACAGAGGAGGAUGAAGCAGUCAUUGUUGGAAUAAGUGUAUUGAAUGGCCUGAACAAAUUCUGGUUGGGUCUAACAUUUGACGUUCAGGGCACAAGCACAUGGACAGAU